AUGUCUAAACCAAAGAAUUGGCCGGACGGCUUCCCGUAUCUCAAGGCGCCUCUUCAUGACAAGAGUCUAACCCCAACGCACGUACAAGCUCUCAGAAACAAACCCUCUGCUCCAAGCGGCGUUCCAAUCAUCCCAUCGCCGGCGACAACAACGCCGUGCAGUCUGGUCAAGAUUCAGCCCAUUUCUGAGCCGUCACACCCAGCAAACGGCCAAAACGGUCUCUUUGCAGCCCAAAAUCUUGCGCCUGGUAGCUUCAUCCUCGCGUAUCUCGGCCGAGUGCACUCAGGCUCAGCAUCGUCAACAGAGAGCGACUACGACUUAUGGCUGGACCGAGAGCUUGACGCAGCUGUUGAUGCAGCGAAUGAGGGGAACGAAGGGCGUUUCGUGAACGACUUUAGAGGCGUGGGAGAGAGGGCGAAUGCGGAGUUUAGGACGGUUUGGUGCGAGCGAUGGGGAGAGUUUUGUGUGGGAGUUUGGGUGCUUGGAGGUGGGAAGAAGAAUAAGAAGAAGGGAGUAGGGAUCAAGAAGGGGGAAGAGAUCCUUGUCAGUUACGGUAAAGGCUUUUGGGGAGAGAGGAAAGCGGAGGAAGAUGAUGAUGCCUACUGUGAUGGGGGAGAUAACGGGGAGGGAGUUGGCAGUGAAGCCGUAUCAUGA